AUGGCAUCACAGCUUGUGGCCAGAGUUUGCGCCAUCGCGGCCAUCGUCACGGGGACAUCGCGCGGUCUUCCAGAAGCGUGCCGGCGGCAAAUUGCCCUGAUGGACAAAGGUGACAGCCCGUUGAGCUUCAGCAACGAUGGGGUCUUUAAAAUCUCCGUCUUUGAAGACCUUCACUUUGGGGAGAAUGCAUGGGAGGCGUGGGGCCCUGCGGCAGACAUCAAGACUGUCGGGGUUAUCAAAAAGGUGCUUGACGAUGAGAAACCGGACCUGGUGGUGUUGAACGGCGACCUCAUCACUGGCGAGAACGCAUAUCUGGAAAACGCCACCUUCGUCCUCGACCAGCUAGUCAAACCGAUGGUCGAGCGCGAGCUCCCGUGGGCGAGCACCUACGGUAACCACGACUAUCAACUCAACAUCACGGGGAGCGACAUCAUGGCGAGGGAGAAGCAGUGGCCCAACGCCCGCACGCAGAAGAUGGUCUCGAACCCCAAUGCCGGGGUGUCCAAUUACUACCUCCCAGUCUACCCGUCCGAUUGCACGAAGGACGACUGUAAGCCCGAGGUGAUUCUCUGGUUCUUCGACAGCAGGGGCGGCUUCGCGUACAUGCAGACCAACCCGGACGACUCGGUGAAGAUGGUCGGCCAACCGAACUGGGUUGACGGGAGCGUCGUCGACUGGUUCAAGUCGACGAGCGCCGACCUCAACAAGAAGCACAACGCAAAGAUCCCCGGCGUCGCCUUCGUUCACAUCCCGCCCAAGGUGUCGCGGGCCAUCCAGGACAAGGGGAUCGACGCCGAGAAGAACCCGGGCAUCAACGACGACAAGCCGCUGUCGCACCAGGCCGAAGGGUGGUGCGACGACGGUAGCCAGAAGACCAGCUGCCGCUACGGCGGCCAGGACGUCGCGUUCAUGAAGGCCAUCUCGGAGAGCCAGGGCGUGAUCGGGGUCUUCAGCGGCCACGACCACGGCAACAGCUGGUGCACCAAGUGGAAGGGCAAGGUGGACGGCGUGGCGGUGGACGGGACGGGCGUGAACCUGUGCUUCGGCCAGCGCACCGGGUACGGCGGGUAUGGCAACUGGAUUCGCGGCUCGCGGCAGCUCUUCUUGACGCGGGACAUGUUGGCCAAGGGCGAGCUCGACACGUCCAUUCGACUGGAGUCUGGCACCGUUGUUGGCUCGGUGACCUUGAACUCGACCUAUGGCGAGGACAAGUACCCCACCACUCCGAAUGACAGGACCUGA